AUGUGAAAGUCAAGUGUGUUCACCGAGUGAAUAUCCUCGUUUGAAUUUUCUGAUGCCACGUUAGGGGUGGAUAUGUACAACUGAACCCAAGGGUCACACGCGAAUCAUGGUUGCCAAGCACUUUAGUCAGGGUUCAAGCCCUGAGUCCGGCGUGCCGGACAUGACCAUCAUCAGUGACAUCGACGAGACUGGCAUCAAUCGUAAUCUUCAGGUUCGCUACGACAGGGACCAGAUUUACACUUACACUGGAUCCAUUCUUGUGGCUGUGAAUCCCUACAAGGAAGUGGACUAUUACACAUCGGAUUACGUGAAUCGUUACCAUGGUCAGAAGAUGGGAGCUCUUGAGCCUCACGUGUUUGCACUCGCCGAGGCAGCCUAUCGGUCGCUUCAAGACACUGAUAGUAAUCAAUCAUGUGUAAUAUCUGGCGAGAGUGGAGCUGGGAAAACCGAAACCACGAAAUUUAUCCUCCAAUAUCUUUGCUCCGUCACCAGUAAUGUCGACACUUGGGUAGAACAGCAAAUUCUGGAAGCAAACACAAUUUUAGAAGCAUUCGGAAACGCGAAGACAGUGCGAAAUGACAAUAGUUCUCGUUUUGGAAAAUUCAUGCAGGUUUGCUUUGACAACAAAUGGAUGAUAAAGGGUUGUAUUAUUCAGGACUAUCUUCUCGAGCAAAGUCGUAUCACGUUUCAAAGUACAGACGAGAGAAAUUAUCAUGUUUUCUAUCAACUUGUCGAAGCUGGAACGCGUGACAAGGAAUUCGCCGAGCAAUAUAAAUUAAAACCCGCGAAUCAUUAUAAAUAUCUGAAUGAUUCUGGUUGUACGAAAAUUGAUGGUAUUUCCGAUUUGAAAAAAUUCGAUGCCUUAAGAUUGGCAUUCAGUGUACUUCAAGUUCCAGCUGAAAUGUGCGAUGGAAUUUUUCGCGUUCUCUCGGCAAUUCUUUGGCUCGGUAAUCUUAAAUUUGAGGACGUCGAUGGAGAAAGAUGUGAUUUGUAUAAAGAGGAUCAUGAAAUAAUUGGGAAUAUUGCUCCACUAUUGGGACUUCAUAUUGAAGAUUUAACGAGAAUUGUUCUCGAAAGGCAAAUUAAUGUUCGUGGUAAUAUUACCGAAAUUCCGUUAAAGGUACAAGAAGCAAAGGAAAAUAGACACGCAAUGGCAAAGGCUUUAUAUUCACGAACAUUCGCAUGGCUUAUUAAUCAUAUUAACAAUUGUACAAAUCCAGGUCAGGAUAUCUCGAGGUUUCUCGGUGUUUUGGAUAUAUUUGGUUUCGAGAAUUUUCACAUUAAUAGCUUUGAGCAAUUGUGCAUUAAUUACACGAACGAGAAACUUCACAAGUUCUUCAAUCAUUAUGUGUUUGCUCUCGAGCAAGAAUUGUAUCGUCAAGAGGAGAUUCAAUACUCUCAUAUAACAUUCACGGAUAAUACUCUCUGUCUAGAGUUGAUAGAAAAGCCACCGCGUUGCGUUUUGAAACUUCUUACGGAACAAUGUCACAUGCCAAAAGGAUCAGAUCUCGCUUAUCUCACGAAUCUUCACGCGGAAUUCGAGAAUCAUCCGUGUUACGUAAAAGGUGAUGAUCGUCGAAAAUGGGAAAGGGAAUUUGGACUCAAACAUUAUGCGGGAUCGGUUACUUACACCGUGGAGGGUUUUGUCGAUAAGAACCGUGACGUUCAACAGGAUGUUUUUUUCGAUUUUAUGUCGCGAAGUACGAAUGAAUUUGUACAAAAAAUUACGGCAUAUCAAGAUCUACUUGGAUGCACUGUGGCUCGUGCUUCGGGGAAUGCGACAACAAUGUCGCGUGGCACAUCGAAAGGAAAGCCGACACUUUGCGAUUCAUUUCGUCAUCAAUUACAGGCACUCGUUGACGUUCUUCAAGCCACAACUCCCUGGUACGCGAGAUGCAUUAAGCCAAAUAUGACGAAAAUGGCAAACAACUAUGACGAGAAAUUGGUUCUCGAUCAAUUGAGAUAUCUCGGAAUGUUGGACAUUAUUCGAAUACGAAAAGAUGGUUAUCCUGUUCAUAUGGAAUUUCGUGAUUUUAUCACAAGGUACACGUGUCUUGAGAGAGGACGAGCAUCACUUCCGCGAGAUGAAAAAGAAGCCGUACGUUGUUUGAUGAAAAAUAAAAAAGUCCCCGCCACCGAGUGGCAAAUUGGUGUCAACAAAGUUUUCCUCCGAAGAUUCGUUCACGAGCCACUGGAGGAUGCGAGAAAUAAAAUUAUCACUAGCAACGCGAUUACCAUUCAGAAAAUCUGGCGAGGCUUUAUUGUCAAACGUGAAUAUCAGCGAGUAAAGGAAGCAGCUUUGAAGAUUCAACACGCGUAUCGUGGCUGGAAGUCGAGGAUAAUGUUCAUAAGAAAACGUCGAGCUGCUAUUGUAAUACAGUCUCAUCUUCGUGGUGUUUUUGCAAGGGAAGUCGCAGCAGCUUUGAGAGAAAUGAGACGUGUCGAUGAGGAGAUGAGGAAACGCGAACGUCUAGAAGAAGAACGAAGAUUAAUGGAAGAGAAGAAAGCCGCCGAAGAAAAUCAGAGUGCACAGUACAAUGGUAUUGUGGGAAUGGAAGAAGGAAAAGCAGAGGAGGAAAUUGCGGCUCUUUCCCAAAUGGCGGAGCAAAUAAAUUCCAAAAUGGCAGCGUCCGAAUUACAAUCAGUCGAUUUAGACAAUCUAUUCUCCUUCCUAUCAGACGUGCAAUCAUCAAAGAGCAACCAGAUCAUAGAAGAAAUUGGCGAGAAAAUGGACGAACUGGUCGAGAAUUUAGACGAGGAAUUAGAGACCGUAAUCCAGCAGGAGAUAGAAAAGAACGCAAGGGCUGAAUUAAAGACUCAAACUACCGAAGUACCGGAUAAUCAACGAAUAAAUACGAACAAUAAUAAACUUGGACCACCGACUCUUCCGGAACCGACUGGUCCACCUCCUCCUCCUCCACCACCACCCGCAAUCAUACCGAACGGAAAAUCAUCCUCCGACAAUGGCGAACCAAUUUACGAAUCAGUGUUGCCCCGCGAGGAAAAUGGACCAACCAGUCCGGUGACAAUUAAUGGCAACGGUCCCCUAAUGAAUGGCGAUAUUCAUCCAAAAAUAAUCAAGGAACCACAAGCUGGAAGUCCACCGCCAUUGGUCGAAACACGAAGUACCAGUCUUCAUCAGACUCAACAUCCAGUUCAGCAGCAAAUGAAUGGUCAUGAUCAACAGCAACAAGUACAGAUGCAGCAGCAGCAACAGCAACAACAACAGCAAUUGCAACAACCAGCUGAACGGGAACAGAGACGAAAAUUCCGAGUCGAAAGAAAACUACAAGAGCUAGAGGAUAAAAAAGAGAUCCCCGAGAGUGAAAAUUAUCACGAUAUUAUGGAAUUUGCGCAGAAUUAUUUCAAUAGUCAUGAACGAUCUCCAGAGGGAACUAUCAUGGCCACACUGACGAGAAAAUCACGAGGCAAGAGUAUGGAAUACGUUCCGAAAUAUGAGAUGGUGACUUACUACAAGGGAUCCACGAUUCCAAACUCGCAUAUUCAUAUGUAUGAUCCGGAUAAUGUUAACGUUGCCUGCUCCAUAUUCAGGGAUCUCUGUAAAUAUCUCCGAGGCGAAAUGAAAUUAGAACAGGAAAUAUUAACAAUUCAAACUGUAAUUGGCUAUGGAAUUGAACGUGAAGAAUUACGUGAUGAAAUUCUCGUGCAAUGUAUACGUCAGGCGACAAAUAAUCCAAAUCAAGAAUGGGCCGAACGUGUCUGGCUUCUACUUUGUUUGGCAAUUGUUGCAUUCCAACCGAGUAAAUUACUUUACAAAUAUUUUGUGUCAUUUUUAAGAAAAAAUCUCGCACUAGAAGGUAAAUUACGUCAGUACGUGCAAUGGUGUGUGGACAAUUGUAAAAAUACCAAAGUCUCAUGUCGACAGUAUCCACCGUCAACUGUCGAAAUUGCAGCAAUGCGACGACUUGGCACAAUAGUGUGUCGCUUCUUCUUUCUCGACGGUCGAACGAAAGCAAUCGAUGUUCAUCCAACUGACACAGCAGCCGAUGCUGUGGCAAAACUCGCCGAAAAAUUGGGUCUCCGCUCAUUGGAGGGCUGGGCAAUUUAUCAAAGUCGUCCCGAUGGUGAGGAGCAUGUUCGUGCGCAUGAUUAUCUUUACGAUGUUAUUGCAGCCUGGGAAGUGAAGCAAUGUAAAUUAAAUACGGCACAAUCGGCAUUCCCGACAUUGAGAAGGGGGAAUAAUCCCACAUUGGGAAGUGGUGAUAAUAGAUUCGUGUUUAAACGACGAUUAUUCAGGAAUACGAGGGAAUUGUCUCAGGAUCCAGUGGAGGUGAAUAUGCUCUAUUCGCAGGCGGUUUAUAAUGUGGUGAAAUUGGACGAUUUUCCGGUUUCGGAGAAGGUGGCACUUCAAUUGGCUGGAUUGCAGGCUCAGGUGAUGCUCGGUGAUCCGAAGGACAAUGAUCGAUUGGAUUAUUACAGUGAAGUUGAUAGUUUUCUGCCUUAUCGAAUUAGUCGAGCUCGAGGGGACGAUGUUUGGGUUCCGAUCAUCGCCCAGGCUCACAGGCAGUAUGGUGCUAAUCGUUCGGAACUGACGGCGAAAGUCUUGUAUCUCUCGUGUGUUAUGCAGUAUCCCCUUUAUGGUACCACGAUGUUUAAUGUCACCUAUCGGGGCUACUGGUCCUAUGGCAAUCAGUUGAUCCUGGGGAUCAAUUGCGAUGGUCUGAUGUUGAUUAAACCGGAUGAUAAAUUCGUUUUAUCAGAGUAUCGCUACCAUGACGUGGAGAGUAUAAUGCUCGAUCCUAGUGAUUCGUUUAUUACCAUCUCAUUACUCAGACACAAUCCGGACAGUUCGCAUAAAUGUUUCGUGUUCGAGACGACGCAGAAGAACGAAAUCGGAAGUCUGAUUGUGAGUUACUGUCCAGCACUGGCGGGGUGGAUAACUGAGAACGAAGCACCAAUGAAGAAGAUGAAGGGUACGACGAAUGAGGAUCGGAUUCGUCUCUAUCAUAACCUGGUGAAUUGUCGUAGAACUCUGGUCGAUUCGGAGGCUUUGCGUAAACCCCAAGACACCGGCGGUGGAUUUUUGAGAAACACUCUGCGACGUUUGUCGAAACAUCGGAUAGAGAAGCUUCGUCAGGAGCAUGGCAGUUCGACGGAUCAUGGAGAGACUUAUAAAGGUUUUCACUACGGUUAUUGGGCGUUCAGUAGGCAGUGUGUUCCACAGAGUUUGUCGAAAUUACCCGACGCUGAGGAGCAGAUCUCCCUGAGUGUGUUUCAGUUAAUCUUGACGUACGCCGGUCUCGGGCAGAAUGGAGACACAGUCAAGCGGGUCGAAGACGAGCACGUGAAUCUCAUCCAAACUGUGAUGGAGCGCUGCAUGCGGAAGGAGAAUCUCUUAGGGGAAUUGUAUCUCCAGUUGAUCAAGCAAACCACAGAUCAUCCGGAUCCAAACAGUCGGGUGAAUCUCAGACACUGGGCUCUCUUAUCCCUGGCGUGUUCGGUCAUCCUCCCGCCACAGAAGAUCAUCAGGAAAUAUUUAAUGUCUCAUUUGAAGCGUUGUGCCAGUGACUACGUGACCGAAGAGGGUAAAUACGCUCGUUUCGCCGAAAAGUGUCUCUACAAAACCCAAGGGACGAGACGAAGACAGUGGCCCCCGAGUCGUGAGGAAAUCAUGUGCACUAUCAAUCGACGUUUAAUUUACGCCCGAUUUCACUUUAUGGACGGACAAUACCACGCUGUUGAGUUUCAUCCAUCGGCAACGGCGCGUGACGUAAUGGAGAUCAUAAAGGCGAAAAUCGGUCUCCAAGAAAAUGCGAUGGGCUAUGCUAUCUACGAAGUUCUGGGAUCUUCCGAACGUUCGCUAAUCCCCGAGGAGAAACUCGCCGAUGUUAUGUCAAAAUGGGAACGUUAUCGAACAGCCAGCGCAACACAGGGACAACCAACCAGAAAACACGCCCACCAUCUAUUCCUAUUCAAGAAACAUUUAUUCGUCGACCAGUACAUGAAUCUCGAUGAUCCGGUCGAAAAGGAAUUGCUCUAUCAUCAAGUUUUACACGAUCUGCGAGCGGAUCGAUUUCCAAUCACCGAAAAGGAGGCGAUGAUGCUAACCGCCCUUCAAUCGCAAGUGGAACUUGGCGACAGUCAGGACGUGGCAAUCGGUGAGGAAUACCUCGCAAUCGCCGGACAUUGUCUACCCACUCGAAUUGUUGCCAAUCUAUCAAUAGAAGGAGUCGUACAGCAUCAUCAAUCCCUACGUGGAAUGCAUUCGCCAGAAGCGAAAAAAUCCUUCCUGAAUCUCAUUCAAUCUUGGCCAUUGCACAAGGCAACGAUAUUCGACGUAAUGCAAUCAUUUACCUCAAAUUGGCCGAGAAUCCUUUGGCUCGCCGUCGAUCAGAAGGGUCUCCAUCUCCUUGAACAUCGAUCCAGGAAUGCCCUCUGCACCUAUGAAUACGGCACCAUCUUGAGUUUCAGUCCAGCAAUCAAUUGUCUGAUGAUCAUCACUGGAAGCGAUAAAAAGCAGAGUAAAGUUAUUCUCACUACUUCACAGGCCUUCCAAAUAGCAAAUUUGAUUCGUGAAUACACUGAGGUACUACAAGCACCGCCGGAUAUUCCUAAAAGAGAUUCCACGAUUGUACAGCAAAUUAAUCAACAGCAUAUUGUUCCUGCAACGCAGCAAGGAAAUCGUAAAUCCCGACCAGCGUCGAUGUUGCAUCGAGGAGCUCCUGUGAUUCAUUCCCAAGCUAGUUAAAAAGUCUGAGAGAAAAAACGCGCACACUCGUUUUUUUAAUAGUUAGUUAAACUUAUUUUUUUUUGCCCAGGAGGCCUAGCAAAAAAAUGUUACAAAUUUUUUCUUUUUCGACAAAGACAAUCUGAAUCUUUCAAGGAAAAGAAAUUUUAGAGGUGUACAAUGUAGAAUUUUAAUCGAAUAAAAAUUCUAUUUGUUCACUUCUAUUCAUGAAUAAAAAAAGGUACUGGGUACUUCUUCCAAUGUAUUUAAAGCUUUGAUAUCGAAAGAAGAAAAGCAACUAGAUUAAUAUUAAAAUUGCCCCCCAAGUUUUCUGGUAACUUAUAGAAUUCAUUAGACAAAGCGAAAAAUACUGCCAUAGAAAAAAUAAAUUCCACGAUCAUGUAUUUGAAAAGUAAAGUCGAAAGAAAUAACGCAAUGACAUUUGAUAAUUUAAUUGAAUUUAUUAAUCGUGUCAUCGUUUUUAUACAUACGCGUCAUUGCUUUUCUAUAAUACUCGAGUUUUUUGAUAAGAGCUUUAUCGUGUUUAAUAAACUCUCAUCCCCAUUUAUCAUUCGUUACCGAAUGCCAAAUAAUACUUUCCUCUAGAUUACGUCAGUAUUUAGAAACCGAAAAAGGCAAAAAAAAUUAAUCUUUUUCGACAUUUUUACAGAUAAUUAUGGCCAAGUUACCAAUUUUUAAUACAUAUUUACAUAACGUAUAAAUCGGGAUUUUUUCUUGUUUAUUUCUCCGAAAUAACAGAAACAAGACUGCCGGACUAUUGUUUUUGUAAAAAAAAAAAAAGAAAUCGAAGAUGCAAUUUCUAGGUGCCAAUUUGAAUUUAUUAAUCAACCUGCGAAGUAUCUGAAAAAAAUCCACGUUAGAAAUUGGAAAUUUCUAAUUAUUGUAUAUACUAAAUUUUUAUUUUUUUUAUUUUGUUAGUUAUUGAAAGAGAAAAUUAAAUUUUUUAUUUAUGAAUUAUUUACUCUUUUUUUAAAGUGUGAAAAUUUUUUUAACGCUUUUAAAAUAAAUUAACUAAUUAAUUUAACGAGUUUUUUUUUGAAAAACAGUUUUGCGUAGAAAUUCGCAGGGAUAAACUGUUUUAAUUUCAAAAAUUAACAGGAAAAUUUUUAUAUGAUCUCAGAAAAUAUUCUCGAGAAGUAAGUUUUUGCAAAGCUUUAUCUUUUAAAUCGAAUCUCGAAACGUAAAAGACGAUUUUGAUUUUUGUACCUUUUAAACAAAUUUCUCUCCGAUUUUGUAAUUGUAUAAUAUUAAAAAAAACAAAAGUUGCUUUUGCAACACGCUUAGAAUUGUAUCAACGCAUAUCACAAUUCAAUUUUUUACCGAUUUAGUAACAAUUUUAACUUUUUUUUACAUAUUUUUUAAAAUCAUUUUUCUACUUUUCCUACCAAAAGAAUAUCGAAUUUCUUUUAAAAAAAAUCACGUUCAAGUAUUGUGCCUCGAAAAACAUUACUUUUCUUUUUUUUUAAUUAAUCCGAAAUCUACUUUCGCAUGUAAAUACGAUGCACAUAUAAAGAAAGCUUUGGAAAUAUUCCGAUCAAAGAAAGUUGAAAUUUUAGGAAACAUUUACUCGAUAUUAAUUAAAAAAAAAUAAAUAAAAAAAAACCGAUUCAAUCGGACCAAGAUAUCAAGCUCGAUAUUUACGAGAUUCGCACAAAAGCAAACAUUACGAGAAAAAAAAGAAAAUAGAUUAAUUUGUUUUUUUUUUUGUUGAGAAUUUGGCCGAGCAAAUGAGUGCUGAGACAGACUGUGAUCCGCAUUGAGUGUUCUUUUCUUUUUAAGUCUUCGAGAAUGAAAAAUGUUUUUUGUAUGCAUGGAACUGAAUGAAAGACAUAAUAGAUGCGGUGAAUUAUAUAGAGGUGUGACUGUAACAUAAGAAUAAAAGAAAAUUGUUAGAAAUUAUGUGUGAAUGAGUGUGUUACAACUUAUAGUCAAAUUGCGAGGCGCUUAAUGCGUUUUUUUUUAAGUAUAAAUAAAUUAUUGGUUGACAAUGUUAUUAAAAAAUUUAUAUAUAUAAAUCAAGAAUGCUCUGUAUAUAAUAUAUAUAAUAUACGCAUACGUACACGCUCACUCACACUUACAAAUGCGCGCCUACGUAUUAUAUUAUAUAAAUAUAUAUUAAUAUACUCGAACUGUAUGAGAACACAAUAAAGUCAUAUUAUAUUGCAAAAAAAA